CCACCAAGGUAGUCAAUUGUCAAUGUACUCUGUGGUUUUCAUUUCUGACAUCAUUGUUACUUUCAAAAAUACGAAAUAUUUACCUUACCUUAAUUCGAAUUAUUCACCCUAUAAAGAUAAAUACGUACAUAAAAUAAUAAUUUAAAUAAUGGAACUCCAAGAUACUUAUUAUAAUAAAUUGGAAUACGUAGAAACUGCAUCUGGCAACAAAGUAAGCAGGCAAACAGUUCUAUGCGGAUCCCAAAACAUAGUGUUACAUGGUAAAGUCAUAGUCCAGAGCGAUGCAAUCAUAAGAGGAGACUUGGCAAAUGUUAAGACUGGUAGAUUUUGUAUAAUAAGCAAAGGGUCUGUUAUCAGACCACCAUUUAAGAAGUUUAGCAAAGGAGUGGCUUUCUUUCCUUUACAAAUGGGUGAUCAUGUAUUUGUUGGGGAAAAUACAGUUGUCAAUGCUGCUGUUGUUGGCUCAUAUGUAUAUAUUGGGAAAAAUGUUGUUAUAGGUAGAAGAUGUGUGUUGAAAGACUGUUGCAUGAUCGAAGAUAACUCAGUGCUGCCAGCUGAAACAGUGGUACCAUCAUUUGCAAGAUAUUCUGGCAACCCAGCUAGGCUUAUCACCACACUGCCUGAAGCAAUGCCUGACCUUAUGACAGAGUUUACAAAAAGUUAUUAUCAACAUUUUUUACCUACAACAGUUAAUUAAAAAGAUGUUGAACAAAUUCAUAAAUUAUUUAUUGAUAUUAUUAAUUAAGUAAAUCAUAAGAUUAUAUUUAUCAACCUACAUUAAGGCUUAUCUAAUAUUUUAGUUGUUUUAACUAAUA